GCGGUCCCUUCCGCGCAUGAGCACUGCUGCUCCGAGCCCGCCAGUCACCGACUCCGGCGCCAGCUACGCCGCUGCCGCUGUCACUAUGGCCCAUUACAAAGCCGCCGACUCGAAGCGUGAGCAGUUCCGGAGGUACUUGGAGAAGUCGGGGGUACUGGACACGCUGACCAAGGUGUUGGUAGCCUUAUAUGAAGAACCAGAGAAACCUAAUAGUGCUUUGGAUUUUUUAAAGCAUCACUUAGGAGCUGCUACCCCAGAAAAUCCAGAAAUAGAGCUGCUUCGUCUAGAAUUGGCAGAAAUGAAAGAAAAAUAUGAAGCUAUUGUAGAAGAAAAUAAAAAACUGAAAACAAAGCUUGCUCAGUAUGAACCACCUCAGGAGGAGAAGCGUGCUGAAUAGGAUUCUUCUCAGUUGAAAAGACACUGAAAAAUGGUUUUGUAUGACUUGAAUAGUUUGUAUAGUAUACAAUCUUUUCUGAAAAGAUGCUAUAGAACUCUUUUAAUAUGUUAAAUUUCACCUAUCACACUCUAAUUGUUAUAAACACAUAUACUUAGAAUCACCAAUAAAAACUCAAUAUAACUUUCUUUGGGUCUUAAAGUAGGAGAAUCCGAAGUAAAUUCCUGAAGAAAAUACAGCCAUCUAAUUCACUACCUUAAAGACAUUCUGGUUAAUAUAGUCUGAUUAGGAAUGAUGGUACUGGUCGUAUUUUAGCCAAGGAAGUUCACCAUGGAGCUAUUCCUUGGUGUAGUUCAGGAUAUGAACACAGGUACAGUCAUUCUUUAAAAUGAAGAUGACACUGUUGUUUGUAUUCCCUGUAGACAGCUGGAGAGAUCUGUGUGACAUAAGAUGCUUUUGCACGGGUUCCCAUGAAUCUUCUGCUUUUGUUUAUAUAAUGCAGAACAAGUAACUUCUUUGCCACCACUUUGCCUUAGAUAACUGUGUGUGUGCCAGUUUAGACUGUGACACCACAUUUUCCUUCUAUGCAAUCAUGCCUUGAUAAUCUUGCCUUGCUUUGCUCUGUGCUUAGUGAGUCCUAGUUGCACAUUGGCCUUUCUGUGCUGAUUUUCUAUUUGCUUAAUAACAGCAGUUACCCUGAUUGUAAUUUAUAUAAUUUUAAACAGGAUAAUACUAUUUCCCUGCCUUACUUAGUUGAGCACAGAAUUGAGGCAAUAUAAAAUUCUGGGUUCAUGCACAAGCUGGGAUGAGAAGGGGAAUGAGCCAUAUAUUGUGGAAAAUUAUAGUCUGUGGGUAUAAUUAUAAUAUAUAGUGCUUUUUUCCCCUCAAAGUAUUUUUUCUAGCCUUGAAUUCAUCUUAUCUUCAUUAUCCCUGUGAAGUAGGUAGGGCAAGUAUGAAGGGAUGUUGGGUGCUGAAUUUUUAGGCCAAAGACUGAUGAUAAUACAGUUUAUUCAGUAACUGUAGAGCCUUGGGCAUAUCAGUUAACUGCUCUGAGAUUCACCUUCCUCAUCUGUUAAAUGAGAAGAAUAUCUGUGCUGCCUACCUCACAGGGUUGUUGUGAGGGUCAAAGGAGAAUGUAUGUGAAAGAUUUGUAAAUGGUAAAGCACUAUAUUCUUGUUUGUUA